UCUUCAUCGGUGUAGGGGGAGGGGUGCCCCCACUUGUCACUCCUAUCCCCACCAGAGCCAUAUGGAGGAGGAGCAGUCAUGUCCUCACUUACCUGUUCAUGCACCUCCCUGCCUCCCUCAUGUUUUCCUUAAGUCUACCCCCAGAGGUGUGGGGUUGGGACCUGGAGGGAAGGUUUCCAGGGGAUUUGUGGUUCUCCUCCCCUUUGGCCUGACUUGGCUCCUAGGUUUUGCAGGUUUCGGCACGACCUCAGCAUCCCUGAAACCCGAAUGUCAGGGCCAACUGCCAUCCAAUAGGAGAUAGAGUGGGGGUCCAAUUUCUCUUUCAGGGGGCCUAUGGUGGAGGGAAAGCCUGGAUUGAGAAUCAGGCCUGGUGGGGUUGUGGGGAGGGCCUAGCGGCCUGCUGCUCUGUGAAGGGUUGAACCCCGUGCUAGUUGUUAAGCUGAGAAGUUUUAACUUGUUUAGUGAACGUUCAGGGCUGUCUCUGUUCCUCAGAUACACAAAAUGGAAGGGGAAGGAAGGCGGCAAAAGAGGGUUUCUUACACUUUUUUCUAUGCCUGCCUGGGAAAGAGGAGGCCCCUCGUGGAGCUGGUUUGCCUUCUUUUGUGUCCUGGUUUGAUUCCUUAUGGCUUCCGUUCUAUUCCCCCUCUCAGCCUGGCCUGUUUUAGGAAACUCAGGCUGAGAGUAUCAGCUGCUUGGUGGUAGUUGCAUUGUUCCAAUUACCGCUGUGUGUGGCCACAUCCCAACAAUUAAAAUGCAGAAAAACACAAAAUCACUCUCUUUGCUUGAUCCCAGAGAGGGCUGGGAGUUUGCUCUUUGGCCAAAUGCCUCUUGAGGAGCCUGAAAGAGUUUGCUUCACUCCUUGCUCCUCAUGCUAGUCAGCCUGAGGCCUGGGAUCUCUGGAGUAAAAGCCUGCAGUUAGGUUCCCUCUCUGGUUGAUCUUUGGGGGCAGUGUUAAGAAUCCAAGAGCAGAAGCAAUAGAAGCUUUAGCUUCUCCCACAACGUAGUGGAAGCAGCUGAAGGGAGCUCUCAGGACGCUGGAACUUCAUUCAGGGUGGUAAUAAUUACACCUUAAAAGGAUAGUUGACUAUAAUGAUUAACUUCUCCUACACCUUUUUCCAAAAUACUCCAGGUACAUCCACGUGUCUUUCUUUGCUCUUCAUGGUGGCCUGCCUCCUCUGAGGUGGGAAUGGGGUAGAGAUGAUUCCCUUCUUUGCAAAUGUAGGAGGUGUUCUGCCCACAAAGUCACAGAAGAGCCUUUUUGGGCUUCCCUCCCUAUGUAGGUGAGGGACGUUGGUAUUCAAUCAAAUAGAAAAACCAAUUGCCUUCUUCACCUUAAUGAUAUCAUCAUUUGUGACAGUCUGAGUUGGUAGAACAGCAAACAGGAGGGGUGAGAAAUGGCAGUCUGUGUGGAUUCCUGAUUUGUACAUGCCAGAUGGUAUGCUUUUACAUUUUGAUGCUUUUGUCUUAUGUUGUCCCUGUGAUAGGUUGGGAUCAUUCUGCCCAUUUUACAUAUGGGUAAACUGAGGCCAAGAAAGGUUAAAUGAUUUCCCAAAACUGUAGCAGCAAACUGGGUCAUUUAGAUUUCUUGAUAGUUUGUCCUUUCUACUGGUGAGCUGUCUGCCUACUAGUCAUUUCUGGGAAUAGGCAGAACAGUAUGGAAGCAGUGGGUUAAUCUCCCCCUCCUCCCUUGAGCAGGGCCUCUCAGGCAAUUGUGUGGGCUUGAAGCCUGUUCUCUGAUAGAAUUGGCUUGCUUCUACUAAAAUUGACCAGGAGUCUUGAUUAAUUAUGCUCUUUGGGUCGGGUUAGGCCACAAACUUAGUGAAAUGAAGUCACAAAGUUGUUUUUUAACAUCUAUAGAGUUGAAAUGUAAUUGGAAUUAUCCUGGUACCAUUUCCCUAUCCUCUUACCACUUCAUAGGAGAAUACAUUUAUUAUCUGUUGGAAAACAAUAAUAUAUCAGCUGUUCAGGCUAAGGGAAAACAUAAAAGCGUGUUGUUCUGGUUGGCCUGAAGCAGAAAGUCAUUCCUACAACCACUGCUUCUCCCUGUUCCCUAUUACCGUUUUGUGUAGUUUAGGAAAAGGGUACCUCUCUUCUGCUUCCUGCUGGAAGAUAAAAUACUGGGCUAAUCAAGAUGGAAGUAACCAUUUGGGCAUCCCUCUCCCACUUGAGCUGUUUUUUAAGUGCUGCUAGUAUUCUGGGUAGACAGAGCAAAGCAUAAACAAGGUUAGGAGUGGCAAAUAGGUUUCACCUUGCUUGCCAACUCCAGUUCAUUUUACUGGUUAUCUGGAGAGCCAAGAUCAGAAUGUUUCUGAGGCUCUGUUUAGGCUUAGCAGAAAAGAGCUAUGAUCAAUUAAUGAUGUCUGCCAGAGGCCUGGCAUAAGGAUGCUGUGGUAUGUGUGCCAUACGUUUUCCACUUCUGGACCAGGUACAUCUCUAAUGUCACUUGGGGCUGGACCCUCUGUAAUUGGCAGACUCAGCAGGCAUGACUGGAGAGGGAAGUCCCAAUGGUGCUAGAAUGGUGCUGCAGUGGCAGAAGACGGCUCACGAGUGAGGUCUCGAAGAACGACAGGGAAGACAUCCAUCAUUUGCUCCAAAGUGUGCAAGUCAGAUCCUGGGGAGAAUCAUGAUAACCCUGAUCACUGAGCAGCUGCAGAAGCAGACUCUGGAUGAGCUGAAAUGCACACGCUUCAGCAUCAGUCUGCCUUUGCCCGAUCAUGCAGACAUCUCCAACUGUGGGAAUCCUUUCCAGCUUGUGUCUGAAGGUGCUUCCUGGAGGGGCCUGCCCCACUGUUCCUGUGCCGAGUUCCAGGACAGCCUCAACCUCAGCUACCACCCCUCAGGCUUGAGCCUGCAGCUCCGACUACCCAGCCCGGGAGGUUCUCCACAGGAGCAGCCCCUGUCCCAAGUCCUAAGUCCUGAGCCCCCAGACCCAGAGAAGCUUCCUGUGCCCCCUGCCCCACCAUCCAAGAGGCACUGCCGCUCACUCUCAGUGCCCGUGGACCUGUCUCGCUGGCAGCCGGUGUGGCGGCCCGCCCCCUCCAAGCUGUGGACUCCCAUCAAGCACCGGGGCAGUGGUGGAGGGGGUGGGUCGCAGGUGCCUCACCAGAGCCCCCCAAAGCGGGUUUCCAGCCUCAGGUUCCUCCAAGCUCCCAGUGCCUCUUCUCAAUGUGCCCCAGCCCACAGACCCUACAGCCCCCCUUUCUUCAGCUUGGCCCUGGCCCAAGAUUCCUCUCGACCCUGCGCUGCCUCCCCCCAGAGUGGCUCCUGGGAGAGUGAUGCCGAGUCUCUGUCGCCUUGCCCGCCCCAGCGCCGCUUCUCCCUGUCACCCAGCCUGGGCCCACAAGCAAGCCGCUUCUUGCCCUCUGCCCGGAGCUCCCCCGCCUCCUCCCCAGAGCUACCUUGGAGACCUCGAGGCCUCCGCAGUCUUCCCCGAAGCCGCUCGCAGCCCUGUGAUCUGGAUGCCCGAAAGGCUGGGGUCAAGCGGCGCCACGAGGAGGACCCCCGGCGGCUUCGGCCUUCCUUGGACUUUGACAAGAUGAAUCAGAAACCAUACUCAGGAGGUGCAGGAGGUGUCUGUCUCCAAGGGACAGCCUGGGAAGGCAGCAGCAUCUCUCCGCCGUGGUUCAUGGCCUGUAGCCCCCCACCCCUCUCUGCUUCCUGCAGCCCCAUUGGGGGUUCCUCCCAGGUGCUGAGUGAAAGCGAAGAGGAGGAGGAGGGGGCUGUGCGGUGGGGGCGGCAGGCGCUGAGCAAGCGGACACUGUGCCAGCAGGACUUCGGGGACCUGGACUUGAAUCUGAUUGAAGAGAAUUAAAACUGAGAGGCUACUUCCUGGGGCCACACAGACUGACUCUUAUGGCUACUAACAAGUGUCGAGGCCCCAAGGCUGGGGGCCCAGCCUGGUAAUGGGGGUGAGUGGAGGGCUCUGACUCAGGGCAGCCGGAAAUCUUCUCGCUCCAGGAAGUUCAACCAUGCCAAGAGACUGGCCAGGACAAGAUAAACGGAGCUGGUGGCGGGAGGGACGGCCCCAGAGCAGACCCUCCCAUGGCGGCCCUGAGUGUGAGUAUCCCUGCCCCCGAAAAGGCAAUGGGCAGGGCAGGAAGGGGUCUGCUGGCCCCAGCUCGGGGAAUUUCACCAGCCCCUUUGCUUCAAAGGGCACUUGUGUCUUAGAAUUUGGCCAGGGUGGGGGGUUCAUUCAGCCUCCUUGGAGAAAUUGUGUGAGAGUGUGUGUGUGUGCAUGGGAGUGUACUUGAAAGGUGUGUUUGUAUAGCCUUAGGGAAGGAAAGCAUUGCUCCUUAACAGAGCAUCACGACACCCCCCAGGAUUUUGGGUUUUCAUGGGAUAGCAGGCUUGUUCAAGCAGUCAAAAGGAGAGCACCAAGUUUUUCUUUUUUUUUUGUAAGUAGCUCCAGAACCAGACUUGUAAUCCAUAAACAUCCCUGUCCCCGUCAAAGAUUCUCUUUUGGGGUACAGGAGGGUCUUUUAAGCCCUGUGACCUCAGCUAAGAGUCUUUUAUCAGCAUUUCCCCACCCCCACAACCCCACUCCACCCCACCCCGUAGACCUUGUAUUGGGGGCUGAAGAGAUCUCUGCACAUUGGUUCCGAGCUGGCCUUUCCUUCUCAUAGUUUGCCUAGGCUGUGUACAGCGGCCUGUCGCUUUCUAAGUAGAUACAAGCACAUGUGGAGAACUGAAAGCAGAAUUGAAGGGCUCCAUCCCUUUCUUUCCCUCCCUACUGAUGGGACCUUUCCCCCUUGCCCUCUGACCUCCAAGGGUUAAGAACAAGGAAGAAAGGCCCAAUAUUGAUACCCAGAACCUAUUUCGCAGCAUCCAGUCCCCAGCAGGCAUGGGUAAGCCCACCCCAGCACUGCCCUUUGGAAGCAAACUGUAGGGAAACCUACUGUCAUAAGAUUGAGGCCCAGCCUCUUUUCUGACUGGCUUGAGAAAAAGGAAGGGGAUGUCAGCAUUUAGUAGUUGGCUUGUCUUCCACUCCUGCCAGGAAAUGUUUGUUUGCCUCUAAUUGGCCCUGAGAGACCUCAUGGAGGUCGGGGCUCACUGAGGGAUUGGCUACGGGGAGGGAAAGGCUGGGAGAAGCAGCUGGGAGCUCCUCGUUGUUGUUGGACUGAGUUUCCUUUUUCGUGUCUUACCCACAACUUGAGCCAGAGCAGCAGGUCCCAGUGGCCACAGUGAUGGGUUUAGGAACUGCAGUAGCCUUGGUAGAACUCUCAGCAGUGGGGAUGCACACUGAAGCUGCCACCACAAUAGUUUAUGAGGCUUUAUCCAGCUUUGGUUAGACCUCACGACCAAAUUGGACCUGCCCUUCUUGAAGAGAGGUAUUUUUCUCUUCCAUUUCCAGGGGGACUUGGGACCCAGUUCCUCAUGUCAGGGAAGGAGUCUAUGUUUUCUUCCGUAUGGAAUUGAACCUGUCAUUUUCUGGGUCUCCCACGUGUCAGGAGUGUCAGUGAGGCUCCAGCCUCCUAGCCUCUACUCCAGGGAGAUGGCCAUUUCUAUUCAAGCCUCUACCAGGCUCCCCUUCUCCCAGUUACCUUUAAUACCGUUGAGCUACCAGGUUUGUAAGGGGCCUGAGAGAGGCUCUCUGGAGAAUCCAAGGCAGUGAGCCCAGGAGUGUCCCAUCCUUGGUUUCAUCCCUACCCUGGCUCCUCUCCCUCUUUAGGCCAUAAUUUCUCUGGUGCCAGCUUCUUUCCCCUCUGUGACACCCUCGUCACUGCACUGGGCUAUCUGCUGGAGAUUGGCUUAGCCAGUUUCCAGUAGGCCACCAACAGUGCCAAUGGGGUUCCAUAGGCACUUAGCUGAAGAAGUAAGGGCAAUAAUUCUGCCUCCAUUCUGGCUUCCUCAAAGCCCUCAGGCCCCAUUUUUAGAGGAGAAGUUCUCCAGAUACCAUAUCUCCAUUACUUUAAGAUCUGGAAAGUUUAACUAGUUGGAACUUUCAUCUUGCUUCCCAGUCUAAGCACCCGUGGCCCUGGGACAUGCCUUUUCAAGAAGGUGGUUCAUUUUGUUUUACACAAUAGAUCUGUUUCAACAGUUCUGUGUAAACCAAAUGCGAUUUUUCGAUGCAUUUGGACUGCUGACCUGUGAUUGCUGCUUUUGUAAAGCAAGCAACCUCCCUCUACUUUAGCUGUUUUGACUCUUUGGAUUUUUCACAUAUUGGACUUACCCAGAGUUGAGCAUGCCCCUCCAGGGCUGUGGUCGAUGCUGGGUAGACAUCUGCAUCUGUGUUGUGUGUGUGGUGUGGCUGACCAGUAGGUGAGUAUUCCUGCGUGUGUGAGUGAAGCCACUCCCAGGCUGGUGCUCUCCUCCUGUGCCCGGUGACUGCCCAGUGGCAGCUCCAGCUGCCCUUCACUCCCACCUGCUGCCAAAGUCCCUGUGCUAAUGGGAUUACAAAUACAAAAAAGUGGAAAAAAACUUUUCGUAAACUUUGUUUUAUAUUAAAAAAAAUCCAUAAGUC